UUUUGUUGCGUUUCUGAAGUCCUUUUUCAUAGACAAAUGCCUAAGGUCAUUGGUUGAAGAAGUGUGCUUCUCUGCUCUGAAGUUGUGUGUGUUGUUUCUCUAGUCUCAUGAUUGAUCUGACCGAAGUGGAAAAGGAGCGCCUUCUAGAUGAAUGGUUCACCCUGGACGAGGUCCCCAGAGGAAAGCUGCACCUGAAACUGGAGUGGCUCACACUGACGCCACAUGCUGCUCACCUGGACCAGGUGCUGACAGACAUCAGGGCUGACAAAGACCAAGCCAACGAUGGCCUUUCUUCUUCCUUGCUGAUCUUGUAUUUGGAUUCAGCGAGGAACCUUCCGAGUAACCCGUUAGGGUUUAACCCCGGUGUCUUGAAGAAGACUGCAGUUCAGAAAGCUUUAAAGUCUGGGAAGAAAAUAAACAGCAACCCCAACCCUCUGGUGCAGAUGUCAGUUGGUCACAAGGCCCAGGAGAGCAAGAUUCGGUACAAAACCAAUGAACCUGUGUGGGAGGAAAACUUCACUUUCUUCAUUCACAAUCCGAAGCGCCAGGACCUUGAAGUUGAGGUCAAAGAUGAACAACAUCAGUGUUGCCUGGGGAACCUGAAGAUCCCACUCAGUCGUCUGCUCACCAGCGAUGACAUGACCAUGAACCAGCGAUUCCAGCUCAGUAAUUCAGGUCCAAACAGCACUCUGAAGAUGAAGGUCGCCCUCAGGGUACUCCACCUCGAAAAGCAAGACAGGUCUCCAGACCACCAGCACUCAGCUCAAGUAAAGCGACCCUCAGUUUCCAAAGGAGGGAGAAAAGUAUCUGUCAGGUCUCAGGUGUCCAUGUCACCAGGCGCUGGGGACAGCAGCCCAGCCCCGUCCACUCCAGUCCUUGGAGGCGGUGCGAAGUCCAGCGUGGAGGACAGAGCUCAGCCUGCGGAGACCAGCCCUCAGGGGCCUCGAGACCUGGGCAGAAGCGCCUCUAGCCUCCAUGGCGGCACCACCGGCUCCCCCAGCCACAUCUUCAUCAAGGAGCCCACCCCCAGCAUAGCCUCGGACAUAUCGCUGCCCAUCGCCACGCAGGAGCUUCGGCAGAGGCUGCGGCAGCUUGAGAAUGGGACGACGCUGGGACAGUCUCCCCUGGGGCAGAUUCAGCUGACAAUCCGGCACAGCUCGCAGAGGAACAAGCUGGUGGUGGUCGUGCACGCCUGCAGAAACCUCAUUGCCUUCUCUGAAGACGGCUCUGACCCCUACGUCCGCAUGUAUUUGUUGCCAGACAAGAGGAGGUCAGGGAGGAGAAAAACACAUGUGUCGAAGAAAACACUGAACCCCGUGUUUGAUCAGAGCUUUGAGUUCAGCGUCUCGCUACCGGAAGUGCAGCGGAGAACGCUGGACGUCGCCGUGAAGAACAGUGGCGGCUUCCUGUCCAAAGACAAAGGGCUUCUUGGCAAAGUGUUGGUUGCUCUGGCGUCUGAAGAGCUCGCCAAAGGCUGGACCCAGUGGUAUGACCUCACAGAAGACGGGACGAGACCCCAUGUGGUGACGUAGGCCACGCUGGUCAGGGAGCUGCCUGGGUAUCUGCCACCCUGCGUGCUCGGAAGGCGCCUUCCCCACACACCAGUGCUAUUUUUAUACUUCAUGUUCUUCGCUUAUCGUUUUAUAUAACGUGGACGUUUUAAUCAUAUUUGGCCAAUGUUACUGUUAACUUUUGUAUGUCUGACUUCCUGUAGUAUUUCAGCAGUUAUCACUGUGUACAAUAGGACGUAGUCACUGCGGUGUUGUGCUGGGCUGUGUCCAGGAGGCAGGUGUGUAUAUGCUUUGUUGUUACCUUGUUUUGUGUGUCACUGAGGCACACUGUGCCAUGUACAUAGACUCUAUUUUUUAUAAUCUCUAUAAACUGGUUUGAAUUCAGAAAAAAAUGGUUUAAGGAAAUAUAUAUUUUUUCUUCUAAGUCUUAUUAAAUUCUUAUGACAAAUAAUCAUUUUUGUCUUUGCAAGAAAAGUUCUCAGUGACUUAUUUUGCGCUGUUUCUUUUUUAAAAGAAAAGCUGAAAGAUUAUUGAAUAUUAGUAUAUCUCUAUCCAUAAUCAGUGAAAGAAAGUAUUCAAAAAAUUAACUUUCAUAACUGUAAAAUGUGUUAUUGAGAAGUUGGUUGAAGUGUUUAUAAGAAAAAAUGUUAUAUAUCUAAGUUGCAUAGACUAUUAAGAGAAUUAUCAUGGUUCAUUAAUCAUAGUGUCCUAAUUUGAAACUUCUUACAUCCAUGAAAAUGUCAAGUUUUUUUUUAAUUGCUUGUUGUAACUUAUUCAUGAAAUAGUGCACAUAAACACAAUUAUACUUUUUCUAAAAUAUAAUACAAAUUUUCAGUGUUAGCUGUUAGGUCAUUGUGAAAUAGUCUAUCAUGAGCUUUGUGGGUUUUCUGUGUUUUCCCAGCCUGUAAAGAAAGACAAGCUUAUGUUGUCACCAUAAAGGUUGCGAGGUAAAUGGGGUAAGGAGAUCGGAAAUUGCAUUAAAAGCCGAUCACUGGUUCACGCGUUCGUCGGUGUGACAUCGCGCAGGACAGUGGUCUGGGCUGGUCCUCGGCUCCAUUCUGCUCUCACGGGCCGCAACCAGGGUGUCAGCACAGCGGCGCUUGGAUGAGAAGCACCAUUUCCUGGUUUCCUUACUUCAUGCCAUGACUGACCUCAAUAUUGGAAUAUUGUGACACAAUUAUUUUGGAAUAUAUUUUUCUUCUUAGAUUAUUAAAAGCAUGUUUUAUAUCCUGAA